GGACAGCUAAGUACCUCACAGAGGAGCCUGGGUGCCUCAUUUCUGAAGUGAGACUAGGAAGAGAAGAUGAACAGUUCCGUGGAUUAUCUAGCCUACCCUGUAAUCGUCUCUAAUCAUAGACAGAGCACAUCAUUCAGGAAGAAACUGGACUUUGGCCACUACGUAUUUCAUAAGAAUAGAAUACAAAUAGUGAAGCCUACUGUUGAUACCAAGCCUCCAGUGGUGUACAAACAUCACAUUUUAAAACUGAGCAAACUACAGGGUGAACAAAAGAGAAUCGACAAAAUCGAAUAUGAAAACAAGCAACUGUGUCAGAAAAUUGCCAACGCCCACCGCGGCCCCGCCAAGGUGGAUUGCUGGAACGAAUAUUCUUCUAAGAGCUUAAACAGAGAAACAAGGAACCGGGAGCUAGUGAGAAUCACCAUGGAAAACCAGGGCAUUCUGAAGAGGCUUGGUGAUUGCAAACCCCACUAUGACCUCAGGUCGUUGGAGUUAGACUGGCAGAAUUCAAGGCGCUAUAUCAGAAAUACAACCAAAUAUGUUCUCUCCUGAGAUGAAUAGCUGUCAGUCCCCUGAACCCUUUUCCUGCCCUGUAAAGGUGGAAAUCAACCACCUGCAGCUUCAACAAGAGUCACAGUCCUGAGCAGCUCAUAGGAAAGCUUCCCCCAUGAUGCCCCUGGCCGCCAUCUUGGAUUAGCUUGCUGGAUCUGAAGUUGGUGUUUCAAUUAAAAAAAUUAUUUGGGUUUG